AUGCUCUACCAAAGGACACGCCCAGCAGUCACACGCCUCCUGGCUCACCGUGGCCUUGCCACCCCGGCCUCGCUCUCAGCCAAGGACUGCACGUCCAUCACCCCUCCCUACCCCCGUCUCCUCGAAACGCUCAACGAGGUCCGCAAUGUCCUUGGCAAGGACCGCAAGCUCACCCUCGCCGAGAAGAUACUCUAUGCGCACCUUCGUAACCCAGAGGAGUCACUCGGUGGCGGCGGUCAGAUCCGUGGCGACCGCUACCUCAAGCUCCGCCCUGACCGUGUUGCCAUGCAGGAUGCGUCCGCACAGAUGGCUCUGCUCCAGUUCAUGACUUGUGGCCUGUCCGAGUGCGCGGUUCCUGCUUCGAUCCACUGUGACCACCUUAUCCAGGCACAAACUGGUGCCGCCGAGGACCUUUCCCGCUCGAUCGAGAACAACAAGGAGGUCUUUGACUUCCUCGAGUCUGCUGGCCACAAGUACGGCAUCGAGUUCUGGAAGCCCGGAUCGGGUAUUAUCCACCAGAUCGUCCUUGAAAACUAUGCCGCCCCUGGUCUUCUCAUGCUUGGCACCGACUCGCACACGCCGAAUGCCGGUGGCCUUGGCAUGCUCGCUAUCGGUGUUGGUGGUGCCGACGCCGUCGACGCGCUCACCGACACUCCAUGGGAGCUCAAGGCGCCCCUCAUCACGGGCGUCAAGCUCACCGGUCAGCUGAACGGUUGGGCUACUCCCAAGGACCUCAUUCUCCACCUUGCCGGCAAGCUCACUGUUCGCGGCGGUACUGGCCGUAUUCUUGAGUACUUUGGCCCCGGUGUCGAGGCACAGUCCUGCACUGGUCUCGCGACGAUCGCCAACAUGGGUGCCGAGGUCGGCGCGACCACGUCCACCUUCCCCUACUCGGCCAACAUGCGCGAGUACCUCCAGGCUACCGGCCGUGCUCCUGUUGCCGCUGCGGCGGACCAGGCGGCCCAAGCCGGCUUCCUUGCCGCUGACGAGGGCGCCGAGUUCGACGAGCUCAUCGAGAUCAACCUCUCCGAGCUCGAGCCCCAGCUCAACGGCCCCUUCACUCCCGACCUUGCCACUCCUCUCUCCAAGUUUGGCUCAUUCAUUGCCGAGAACAAGUUCCCCAACACCCUCUCGGCUGCGGCGAUCGGCUCGUGCACCAACUCGUCGUACGAGGACAUGUCGCGCGUCGCCUCCAUCGCCGAGCAGGCCAAGGCUGCGGGCCUCAAGUCCAAGGUUCCUUUCCUCGUCACUCCGGGCUCUGAGAUGAUCCGCGCCACCAUUGAGCGCGACGGCCUCCAAGGCUCGCUCGAGAGCGUCGGUGCUACUGUCCUUGCUAACGCAUGCGGUCCCUGCAUUGGUCAGUGGAAGCGUGACGACCACCAGGGCGAGGACAACGCCAUCCUCACCUCGUUCAACCGCAACUUCAAGGCCCGUAACGAUGGCAACCUGAAGACGAUGAACUUCCUCGCGUCCCCGGAGAUUGUCACCGCGAUGGCGUUCUCCGGUGACCUCAACUUCAACCCUAUGACCGACUCGAUCGACACCCCCAACGGACCGUUCAAGUUCCAGCCUCCUUCGGGUGACCGCCUCCCUCCUCGGGGCUACACCGGCGGCGACCUCUCGUUCGCUCCCACUCCUUCGCCGAAGCCUAUGCCCGAGACUGAGAUUGCCAUCUCGCCCUCGUCGACGCGUCUCGAGAUCCUCGAGCCCUUCGGCACGGCCUUUGCCAACGGGCCUACCGAGCUCCCUGAGCUCACGUGCUUACUCCGUGUCCGUGGCAAGUGCACGACCGACCACAUCAGUGCCGCGGGCGCUUGGCUCAAGUACAAGGGCCACCUCUCCAACAUCUCGGAGAACACUCUCAUGACCGCCGUCAACGACGAAGGUGGCGCCAUCAACGUCGCCCGUGACGCUGAGGGCGAGGACACCAUCCCCCACGUGAUGCAGCGCUACAAGAAGCGCGGAGAGCCUUGGAUGCUCGUUGUUGACGACAACUACGGCGAGGGGUCUGCCCGUGAGCACGCCGCUCUCCAGCCCCGCUUCUAUGGCUGUGGUCUGAUCGUCGCUCGUUCGUUCGCCCGUAUCCACGAGACCAACCUCAAGAAGCAGGGUGUCCUGCCGCUUUGGCUUUCGGACAAGGCCGACUACUCGAAGAUCUCGGCCGGGGACAAGGUUCAGACCGAGGGCCUUAAGGAGCUUCUCGAGGGCAAGGCCGAUGCGCAGAUCCGCCUCAAGGUCACCAAGCCCUCGGGCGAGGUCGAGUAUGUGCCUACCACGCACACUAUGAGCGUCGACCAGCUCAACUGGCUCCGUGCCGGCUCUGCCCUCAACUACAUCGGCGAGCAGGCCCGUGCUGCGGGAGCCAUCUAA